AUGUUUUGACUUGAAGGAAAGAGGAGGGGCUCCAGAGGUGAGGUGGUGAGGAAAUGCACUCUGCUCUGUACUAGUCUAACCAGCUCAACAUGACGUUGGACAGGUCACCAGGGACCUUUGUGUGUUGUGGCUCAAGGAGCAGGUGAAAUGUAUAACAAGGACUUUUAGACUUGCUUUCCAUAAGGUGCUAUAAUGGAUCCAGCCAGGAGGCGCUGUGAAUGGUUGAACAGACAGAAUGCAGAGGUCUCAGACGAACCCCUGCCCCUCAGAGAUGAUUUAGAAGCACAAGGACAUUAUGAAUCUAUUGAAGCAUUUCCAGAUAAUGAGGAACACAUCUACGAAUCAACUAUACAAGGAAUCAUUCCCCCAACCAAUCAAAGACCAAUACCAAAGCCAAGGAGCAGGAGUACAAGCAAUCAAACACAGCAGGCCAUCAAUGGACUGCAGAGGACCAGAUUUUCAGAAUAUUUGCCCGGACGACAAGGAAUCCCCCCUCCGCCUUUGCCCCCAAGAGGACCCCUCCUCCAAGCACGCUCUGCAGAAUCAAGAGAAGAAGCGUUCACUCCCAGAUUACCCCGGUCCAGGACAGAAUUUAAUGUUCACGAUCCAUGGACUAUAACCCUGGUAGAUACUCCACAGGGCAGCACCAAAUCACUGUCCACUUUUAGUUCAUCCAUCUCACAACUGAUGUCACGUUACAAACACACAGAUGAGCACAACACAGGCAUUGUGUGGGCUCGUCUGUCGCACAUCCACCCAGCGCUGCUCCAACAGGUGGAGGUCACUGUGAGCGUGGCUACAGACUGGGACAGCCACCAGCUCCCCUUCCCCACUCCAGUGAAUCGAACAGUCAAUAGUGUGAUUGAUGAAGUCUUUACUUUGUUGGACAUCCCGCGCCACGCCAACGGCCGCUACGUUUUAAAAUUGUGUGACUCUGAGGAGUACCUCCAUAAUGAGGAGCUCUUGGGAAUGCACGAGACCAUUCAAAUCUAUGGCAGGUUCAACUACAUAGUCCCUCUGCGCUUACUGCACAUUAACGACUUCAGGCACUGUCUGGCCCGAGAUGGGGAGGAUGACAGGACACCUUGUCAACUCUUGCAGUUUUUGCGUCCCGGCUGUUUCUUCAACGUGAGCAAGUUGAGCCUGCAUGACGUACUUGGUAAUUUCAACAGAGAGGUGGCAACCUUCAUGAAAAGACAGGCAGGGCUCAAUGUCCAUGCCAUCGUAGGCCGUGUCCGCACUAUCUGUAAUCUUCUGUGUGGAGUCUCCACCCAAGAACUGGAAGAUGCCAUUGGCAUGAUCAACAGGGUUAACCCAGCACCCAUGAGUGCAGAGGAAAUAUCUCAGUGUGAAACUGCUAUUCUCACGCUGCACAAGGCCCUUCAAAGAGUACUGCAAGUGUUUUUUGACAACUUCCAGUCUGACUUCAGGGGUCUGGGUGUCGAAUACAAUUUACAAAGUUGUGACAUUGAACAAACAAAUGAUAUUCUUAAGUUCAAUGUAGCAGCUCUUUACAAACUACAGCCUGCUUGGAUGAGUUUUGAGAGUUUUUCCGUGUCCUGUGACUUGGUAUAUGUAAAUACAAAGAUUUGUGAGAGCAGUGUGUCAGAGAAUAUAAGCACUGCGUUGGCCUAUGGAACCAAGAUCCAGUGCAACAGACCCAUGGUGUUCCCGGUUCAACUGAAGAACCUCCCUUAUGAAAGCAUGCUGAAGUUUCGGCUCAUGGCCUCAAAAAAAGGAAGGACUCCAGAGCUCUUAUGUUGGGCUGUGCUGCCACUUUUCAAUAACACGUCUCUGAUAAAUGGGACCAUCCUUCUGAGUAUGUGCUCUCUGACGGAGCACCCUGCACCUCCCUCCCCUGCUCUGUCUGACUCACACAGACAGCCCAUGGGAGUCCUCAUACAGCUUGAAUUUUCACAUGAAUUUGAAUGGACAUUUCGACGUCCUUGGGCACUGCCUGGCUCCUCGAUAUUCACUCAGCCCUGUGAAGAUGUCAACAAGAAAAUGCAAGAGGUGUCUAUGAACCACUGUCUCUGCUUCUUGACUCCAAAUGAAAAAGCGUUUCUCUGGAGCAAGCGGUACUGUGCGGACAAGGGGAACACCUUCUUGCACCUGUUAUUGGGGGGAGUGGAGGAGUGGAGACCGGAGAAUUUAACAGAGAUCUACACGGUGGUAGAUAACUGGCCCAUCCACCUGCCCGAAGAGGCUCUGUUCUUGCUCAGUGACAACUUUCAUGACCAAACUGUACGAAAAGCAGCUGUGCAUUACUUUAAACAGAUUCCAGACAGUGAACUAGACAAUUUUCUGCCACAACUGGUUCAAGCUUUAAGAAGCGAGUGGGAACUUGAUGGACCUCUUGUUAUGCUGCUCUUGGAAAGAUCUGUCAAAAACAUACGCAUUGCCCAACAACUUUACUGGUUGCUAGAAGAUGCCCACUAUGACCCUCAUUACCAGAGCUGGUUCAGUAAAGUGCAGGCGGCUCUACGGCACUGCUGUGGUCACACCUUUAGAAAGGAGCUGGAGAAUGAAGCCCGUUUGGUCACUCUGCUCACUCACGUGGCUGAUAAAGUCCGUCUGGCUGACAAGAGCAAACGCAAGGGUAUUUUAAAUGGCGAGAAGUACAGGAUUGAAGAAUUCUUUCAAAAUGGGACAAGCUGCUGUUUACCACUAGAUCCUGCUAUUCAUAUAGCAGCAGUGGAUAUAGAGGCCUGCAAGUUUUACAACUCCAACGCAGCCCCUCUCGGGCUUUCAUUCAUCUGUAGUGACCCUCUUGCCAAGAACGUCAGCAUCAUCUGCAAAACCGGAGAUAAUCUGCGUCAGGACAUGCUGGUGCUGCAGAUUGUGCGUAUGAUGGACCAUGUGUGGCUUGAGGAGGGACUGGAUAUGCAGAUGGUCACCUACAAGUGCCUCUCCACUGGCAAGACUCAAGGUUUGAUAGAGGUGGUCCCAGAGGCCGUGACUCUGGGAAAAAUCCAUCAGGAGUGGGGUUUGAGUGGGACCAUGAGAGAUGACACUCUGGAGAAGUGGUUUCAUAUGUUGAACAAAACCCAUGAAGACUAUGAAAAGGCUGUGACCAACUUCAUUCACUCCUGUGCUGGUUGGUGCGUGGCCACUUUCAUCUUGGGCAUCUGUGACCGUCACAAUGACAACAUCAUGCUGAAGAACACUGGCCACAUGUUUCACAUCGACUUCGGGAAGAUCUUUGGCAAUGCACAGAAGUUUGGCAAUUUCAAAAGGGACCGCUCACCAUUCAUCUUUUCCUCUGAGAUGUGUCACUUCAUCACAUGUGGAAGAAAGAAGCCUCAGCGCAUGCAUCUCUUUGUGGAUCUGUGCUGCCAAGCCUACAAUGCCAUUAGGGGGCGCUCUGCUCUUAUACUCAGUCUGUUGGAGCUGAUGCUUCAUGCUGGAAUGCCUGAAGUGAAAAGCAAUAGUGUUCUUCAGUUUGUUCAGAACAAUCUCCGGCCACAAGACACCGACCUGGAGGCCACAUCCUUUUUCACAAUGAAGAUUGAGGAGAGUCUGAAAUGUAUGUUUGUGAAGAUCAAUUUUAUGACACACGCAUUUGCUCAAGGGAAAAAAACUGGUGGUGUAAACAGUGAAGGAGGCGGGCCUUCCACUAGUACGAACAUCCAGGAUGCUGUCAUUGAAAAUGUUUUCUCUGAAGGCAAACAAGUGCUCUUUGACCUAAGAAUAACUAUCGAUGAUGGUUACACUGUGAGGAAAAUGACAUUUGGACAAUUUGAACUGAUCCACAAAAGAAUUCAGAAUCUUUUUAUUGAUUCAGCUCUGCCACAAUUCCCCUCUUGGUUUCAGAUGUCCUUCACACCUGCCAGAAAAAUGUCCCUGCUCAACAAGUACUUAAAGCAACUCUUUGAGGGACCCUGCAAAGGGAAUGAAUAUGUGUGCACACUAUUCAUGGAUGGUCCUGAAGAAGCCCAACGAACUCUUAACAGGGAAGCCCGCCCUCAGAUUCAGCUAAAUCUUACUUAUAAAGACAGCAAGCUCUCUGUGCUGAUCAAACACUUGAAGAAUAUUAAAACCUCCAACGGCACAAGCCUCGACACUUACGUGGUCACACGGCUGCGACCUGAUCCACGUCUGCGCUCCAAGAAGAAAACUAAAAUGGUUCGCAAUAAUGGCAACCCCACAUUUAACGAACUGAUCGAGUAUGACAACGUGCCUGCCAAUUCAGUGUAUGGGAUGGUUCUGGAGGUCACUGUGAAGAGUAGGAAGAAAUUUGUGGGUGCCACAAGCAUUAAACUGGAAGAGGAUUUAAUGAACAAUGAGCAGUGGUUUCCACUGGGCAACUGUGAAGUCUAGUGACAGGAUGCUGCACUAUGGAGCUUUGACCAGCAGAGGGGGCAGCUACACCAGAAGAAGUUCAUAAGAUACUGAAAUCCUCAGCUAUACAGGACUGAUUUGUUAUUGCCUUUAUCAAAAACAACAUAUUUUCAUUCCACAGUGUAACUCAGGCUGCUGAUUUUGACCCACACUGGAACUCUGAAGGAAACUGUUUACAUGUUUAUUCUUACUACUGUGUUCAAUCAAAUGAAGUCAUGGACUACCAUAUAAUAUAAGUGCUGCUGUCUAGUGUUAAUGAAGUGAUGCAGAGGUGUCCACUCCACAGCAUCAUGGACACUGUCUGCUCAGUGUUUGGGCCAUGGAUCUAUUAACAUAACUUGGACUGUUAUUUUUUUGGUUUGGACUGAGUAUGACGUUGACCAUUGGAUUUGACGAGAGAUGGGGAGGGCUUCCAUUUUACCCUUUCCCCAAACACUAGACUAUAUUAUUUUGGGUGUUCUUAUCCAAAAAGCAGGCAAGGUCAUGGAUGUAUAUA